AUGGAUACAACUAAAAAUAACGAUGAAUUUGAUAUAUCUUAUUUUUUAACGUGUUCAAUAUUUGGUUUUAUAUUAUGGAUUUUAACUGAGCAAAUUUUAAAAUAUUAUAAUAAAACAAAUAAAAAUAAUAAAUAUAAUUUACCAAAAGGUCCAAGUUUCUUAAAAUGGUUUAUAAAUUAUUUAUUUAAUUUUUAUGAUUUAAAAUUAUCAAAUAAUAAAGAGGAGGAUAAUAAUAAUAAUAAUAAUAAAAGCAAUAAUAGUUUAAGUCAAGAAGAAUUAAUAGAAGAUACAAGUGAAAAUACAGUACUAAAAUGGUUUAAUCAAUUAAAUAGUGAUAAUUAUAGUGUAUCAUUCUUUGGUAGACCAAUGAUAUUCACAAGGGAUACAACUAUUAGUAAAUAUAUAUUAUCAUCAAAUAAUAUUGAUAACUAUACAAAACCACCCGAUUCAUCUGGUGUUUUAAUUAGAUUAGCUCAAAAUAGUAUUUUAAUGUCUGAAGGUGAUCAAUGGAGAUAUCAUAGAUCAAUCAUUAAUCAACCAUUCUCUUCUAAAAAUGUUAAAUUAAUGAUACCAACUAUAAUAACAACAAUAAAUAAAUUAAUUAAUCAUUUAAAUAAUAAUAAUAAUAAUAAUAAUAAUAAUAAUAAUAAUAAUAAUAAUAAUAAUAAUAAUAAUAAUAAUAAUAAUAAUAAUAAUAAUAAUAAUAAUAAUAAUAAUAAUAAUAAUAAUAAUAAUAAUAAUAAUAAUAAUAAUAAUAAUAAUAAUAAUAACAAUACUAUAAUAAUAGAUAUACAUUCAUAUUGUACUAAAUUAACAUUUGAUAUAAUUGGUAAAUUAUCAAUUGGUUAUGAUUUUAAUAGUAUAGAAUCAAGUGAUAACGAUAAUGAUAAUAAUGACGAUGAUGAUAUUUCAAAACAGUUUGAUUUCAUUUUAAAUGAAAUGAUUAGACCAAUUAGAAGGUUUUCUUCCUAUUUACCUUUAUAUAAUGAUAUAAAAUUAUUUAAAUUUUUAAAUGAAUUAGAAUCAAUUAUAAAAGGUGCAAUUAAUUCAAGAUCAUUAAUUACUGAUAAUAAUAAUAAUAAGACCUAUAAAAAGAAUUUUUUAUUAGAUAAUUUACUUGAUGAUAAUGUUAAAGAAAAAGAUAUAAUUGGAAAUAUAAAUACAUUUUUAUUAGCAGGUCAUGAAACAUCAGCAAAUUUAUUGACAUUUAUAUUUUAUUUAUUAUCAACACAUAAUAAUGUUCAAAAUGAUUUAUAUAAUCAUUUAAUAGAAAAUCAAAAAAAGAAAAUAAAUAAAGAUAAUAAAUUUACAGAAGAGGAUGAAGAUUAUCAAUCAAUUGAAUUUUUAGAUUGGGUAAUUUAUGAAACAUUAAGAUUAUUCCCACCUGCACCAAUGAUAGGUAGAACUUCAAAAAAUGAUGAUAUUUUAAAGAGUGGUAAUAAUAAUAAUAAUAAUAAUAAUAAUAUAUCAAUACCAAGUGAAACAUUAAUUUUAAUAUCAGUUUAUGCAAUUCAUAGAGAUCCAAAAUUAUGGAAAGAUCCAAAUAUAUUCAAUCCUUAUAGAUGGAAAAAUAUUGAAAAUAUUAAUAAUAGAUCUGAUUUUAUACCAUUCUCAAGUGGUGGUAGAGUUUGUGUUGGUCAAAAAUUUAGUAUAGUUGAAGCAAGAAUUAUCAUUUCAAAAUUAAUUUUAAAUUUUGAAUUAUCAUUUAAUAAUUUAAAAUCAAAACCAUUUAAAAUUUAUCAAAGAGCAACUUUAACUCCAAAAUAUCCAGUUUUUUUAAAUUUUAAAAAAAGAGAAAAUAAAUAA